AUGCUUUUCUUAUUUUUGUGGUUUUCGGUGCCUCUUAUGGGACAAGAAACUGGAGGAGAUAGUGAUGGAUUUCAGAACGAACAACUCCAAUGCAACUAUUGUGUGCAUUCUCGAAAAAAUAAAGAUGUUUCGGAAGGCGUGAAACAUGAACCAGACUGUAUGAAUCAUUUGAAAUUCUUGUCGAGACCCGACUUGAGAAGAACUUGCACACCAUCGGAGAAGUAUUGUGUGACAACUGUCACGAAUCUCAACGGAUUCUUUAUCGAAGUGGAACGAGAUUGUGCGGAGAGUUGUGAACAAGGGUGUGAGCAACAUGGAUACGGACUGUUCCAUACAGAAUGUACGCGAUGUUGUCGAGAACCAUUAUGCAAUGAAUUCGAUGGAAGACACUUUUAUGAACCUUUGGAUGCUCCAAGGAGUCAACAAUUGUUCUUUAUUCUCUUUUUUAUUGCGGUUGCCCUUGUUUUGUGA